AUUUUUUAAUCAAAACAAAGAAAUUAAUCUUCCAAUAAUAAUUAAGAAACCUCAAUUAUUUAAAAAUCUUCCUAAUUUUCCUAAAUUACCUUAUAAUUUAGAAUUAUUAAUAAGUAAAUGUUGGGAUCAUAAUCCAAAAAAACGUCCUACAAUUAAAAUUAUUCAUAAACAAUUAAGAGAAUGGUGGAUUGGUUCUUGGAAUAAAAAUAUGAAUGAUAUCAUUACCCCUUUUUUAAAUUUAGAUAAAACUAUUAAUAAUAACAUAAAAGAAUUUGAUCCUAUUUAUAUACACAAUACUUUAGAUAUUUCUGAUGAUGAAGAAGUGGAUCAAUCAAUUCCAAAACAUUUUAAAUCAAUUUUAUAUAACAAACAAAAUCAAGAAAUUAUUAUUCCUACUUAUUUUAACAAUGAAACAACAAAUACUGAAGAAACAUAUCAAUUGCCACUUAUAAAUGCAAUUACAAAUACAAAUAUAGAUACAAAUAUGAAUGUAGAUAUAAUUUUAGAUACAAAUAGAGAUGCAAAUAUAGAUGCAAUGAUAGAUGCAAUGAAAAAUGUAAAUAUAGAUACAAAAAUAGAUACAAAUGCAGAUUCAAACAUAAAUACGGAUUCAGAUAUUAACGUGUAUACGAAUACACUAACAAAUAAUACACUUAUAACAAAUAGUGAUGUGUUAGAUAUUGAUCACCUUGAAUUACAAUCACCUAAGGAUAUUUUAUUAAAAUUGAGUAAAGAAAUAGAAUUUACGAAAUUAUUUGAACCUUUAUCAGAUCAAUUCACAUCAUAUAACAAAAAAGAUGAAUUAUAUAUAAUUCCUGGUACAUUUCCUAAUACUGAACCCUAUUAUUCCAAAGAAAAUAUAUUUACACAAUCUGAUAUUAUCUUUUAUAAUGCUUAUCUUAAAGAACUUGUGAAAGAAAUGCACCAUUAUUGGAUCAUGAACAACUUGUCAUCGAUAUUAUUAAAAAAUUGGACAAUGGUUAUGAGAAUCUUUUUCUUUUAUAUUUUGUCAUUUAUUUAUUUUAUUAUUUGUUUAUUCGUAUUAAAUAGAACCACCUAUGUUGUGGUCGGAUAUAAUAUGUUUGAUGAAGAACUUAUGAAGAAUAAAAUAGGAAUUUAAUUAAUAAAAAAAAAAAAUCAUUUUUCAUUUUGAUUAUUAAAAAUAAAAAUAAUUAAAAACGUCAAAAGGCGUUUUUUACUGCGGCUUAAA